AUGUUGUCACUCAAGCUGUUGCUCUGCGUACUUAUCUAUUUCAUUAGCUUGACACACCAAUUUCAAGUUCCACCUAGGGAUUACGAGAAUAAAAAUUACUUUCUAGUGGAGUUGAAUACAACUCAAUCACAGAAACCAUUACUCGAUUUCAUACUGAAGUAUUCGAACCAUUACAACUUCGAACAUCAAUUACCAUCGUUAGAAAAUUAUUAUGUGUUCAGUAUAGACAAACUACAUCCUCAUAAUGCAUUUUUGGGGAAUCACAAAUCAAACAAUUACAAUAAAAUGAAGAGAUCUACUGGGUAUGAAGAUAUUCACGAUGAAUUGGUUAAUGAUGUGGCAUCAUUGCAUUUAUUACCAGCAAAGAAGUUAUCCAAAAGGCUACCUGUGCCUAUGGAAGUAAGAGAUGAAAAGCCAUCAAAUGAGCAAUCACCAUCUGACAAGGCACAUCAAAAGUAUGCCCAAAUUGCAUCAAAGUUGGAUAUUCAUGAUCCCGAAUUUGCUUCACAGUGGCAUUUGUUCAAUUUACAGUAUCCCGGUCAUGAUGUUAACGCCACAGGUCUUUGGUUGGAGGAUAUACUCGGUCAGGGAAUUGUCACUGCCAUUGUUGAUGAUGGAUUAGAUGCAGAGAGUGCCGAUUUGAAAGCAAAUUUUAACGCUAAAGGAUCUUGGGAUUUCAAUGAUAACGGACCGCUUCCUUUACCUCGAUUGAGUGAUGACUAUCACGGAACUAGAUGUGCAGGAGAAAUUGCCGCGGUGAAAAAUGACGUUUGUGGAGUUGGAGUUGCCUACAAGUCUCAAGUGAGUGGUGUCAGGAUUUUGUCUGGACCCAUCACCUCUGCUGAAGAAGCUUCUGCAUUGGUUUACGGAUUGGAAACUAAUGAUAUUUAUUCAUGUUCAUGGGGUCCAACUGAUAAUGGUAGAACUUUGAGUGAGCCAGAAAUUAUUGUGAAAAAGGCAAUGUUGAGGGGUAUUCAAGAAGGUCGAGAGGGUAAAGGUGCAAUUUAUGUGUUUGCAUCAGGAAAUGGUGGAAGAUUUUCCGAUUCAUGCAACUUUGACGGGUACACCAAUUCGAUUUACACCAUCACUGUUGGUGCUAUUGAUCAUAAAGGAAUGCAUCCAUUGUAUUCAGAGGCAUGUUCUGCAGUUAUGGUGGUUACAUAUUCAUCUGGGUCAGGGGAAUAUAUUCACACUACCGACAUCAAGAAGAAAUGUAGUGCUCGGCAUGGAGGAACCUCGGCGGCAGCACCAUUGGCUAGUGGGAUAUUUUCUUUGAUAUUAGGUGCCAAUCCCGAUUUGACUUGGAGAGAUUUACAAUAUAUCAAUGUGUUGAGUGCCACCCCAGUAAAUGAAGAAGAUGGCAAUUAUCAAACUACUGCAUUGAAUAGGAAAUAUUCUCACAUGUAUGGAUAUGGUAAAAUAGACGCUUACAAGAUGGUGGAAUUUGCCAAGACGUGGAAGAAUGUGAAGCCACAAUCAUGGCACUAUUGUGACAAGAUUGAAGUUAACCAAGAGAUUUCUUUGAAUCAACCACCAAAACAACAACAACAGCAACCACCAAAGAGGGAUGACGAUAAAGUUAUCUCUUCCAAGGUUACCGUAACCGAAGAGGAUCUCAAAGUGAUGAAUUUUGAAAAAAUUGAGCAUGUCACUGUCAAAGCCAAUAUUGAUUCAUCAUUCAGAGGCAGAACUGGGGUCAGAUUAGUAUCACCUAGUGGAGUUGUUAGUGAUUUGGCUAAAUUUAGACCCCUUGAUUUCAGUUCAAGAGGAUUUCAAGAUUGGACAUUUACCAGUAUUGCUCAUUGGGGUGAAGAUGGAUUAGGCGAAUGGACACUUGAAGUGUUUGGUGAUUCUAAUCCUGUUAAUAUAAAGCUUGUUAAUUGGCAACUUCGAUUUUUUGGUACAACUAUUGAUGCAUCGAAAGCAGAAACGUUUGACAUUGAAAGGGACUAUAGUCAAGUUAGAAGGGAUAGACUUGAAUCAGAGAGGAAACAACACACAGCUGAGACUAAAGUGGAGUCGUCAACUGAAACAUUGUCAUCAUCGUCAACUGUGAAAGGAUCGUCUUCCACCUCGCAAGAAGAAUUAUCCACUACGAGUACGACUGCGUCUUCCAGUGCAGCUGAACCAUCAUCGAACACGAAAGAAGCUGAGAUAUCGAAGCCAUCUUCUUCAACAACAUUUUUUUCUACGCCUGCUGCCUCUGAAACCGCAGAAACAGAAGAUGGCGAACAUGUUUACAAGAAGGAUCAUACAGGACAAUAUCUCAUGGGACUAGCUGGACUUGGAUUUGUUAUUGUUGUGGUCAUAAUUGUGAUUCAAAGUAGAUCACACAGUACACGUCGUCGUAGAAGAAGAACGGGUGAGAAUUACGAAUUAAUUGAGUACGAUUCUGAUGAUGACGAUGAAACAGACAAUGAUUUAGAUCAGUACAAUCUCAGUGAUGAUGAUGAUGAGACGGCAUUGACUCGUGAAGAUAGACGACAAGAUCGGGCCAGGGAUCGAUUAUAUGAAGAUUUCAAUGCAGAAACGGUGCCCGAUUAUAAUUCUGACAUGUUCAAGAUUGGUGAGGAUGAUGAAGAAGGUGAUGCCAGUGUUGGGAAGAAAUCAACUGAAGGUGAAAUAAAGGAACAAAAAAGUAGUGGCAAGAGUUCAUAG